AUGAGGAGCCCAUCGCGGAGGAGGACUAAGGUGCAGGGAGUAGAGAUCAAGGGCAGGAACGCAUACAGGCGCUUCGAUAAAUCAGUAUUCUUGAAGGUUAUUCAGAGGCAGCGCGGCGACGACCAGGAGGCAGCAAAGCUAGACGAUCGAGAGGUCGCGAGGUUUUCUAGCGCCCUGCGAGUAUACGCUACCAAAGAUAGGGUGAACGAGUAUAACCACUAUCACCUCGACCGCCUCGGCCGGCCAGUCAUCCAGGUCAAAGCUAAGAACGUCGGCCCUGGUGCGGCUGCUGCCCCUAAUGAUAAGGCGGGCAACCUUGCGAAGCAGAUCCCUAUAUGCAUUAGCGCUCGUCUAAUACUGACGUCUAACCUUUGGCAGCCCGUUGGCCUCUGCAACGGCGCUCGCGAUCCUCCUUAUAUUAUCAUAAUAAAGUUUAACAAGUACAACGGACCGGUGUUCCUAACCACCCCCGAUGGCAAAAAGAUUAUCCCAAUUCUCCUAAUUAAGAGAGACUUUCUCAUCGGAGCCACUCUCUGCGCUCACACGCAGUUUCCCCUAAUCGUAUACUACGCUAUUACCGUGCAUAAGUCACAAAGCAUCAUAGAAGAUAUAAUCGUAACGGAUCUCUCCUGCCGGGACUUUCAGACCGGUUUAAGCUACGUGGCUAUCUCUCGUGUAAAAACGCUUAAGGGUUUAAUAUUAGAUGCGCCAUUUGAUCGUAAUCACCUGGUCUACGGGUCUCCCCCGGAUAGCAUAAAGAUAAAGAUGAGGGAUCAGGAGCUUAGGAAACGACAGUACGUAGAUAAUGCAGUAGUAGUAAUAGCUUCCCGGCCCGCGGACACACGGCCUUCGGCUGAGGAUACCCCAUGCGCCCCAUCGCCGCUCCAAUGUGCAUGGGGUGGCGUAGUAUUUUUGACUCUUGCGCUGCGUUGA